AUGUCUUUGUAUUGUCUGAGCGUUCGCAUUUUUCAAAAAGCUCCUCAAUUACUUUCAACGGAAACUCCUCCAACUCUUCAUAUUUUGGGUUUGGGUUUGGGUUUGGGUUUGGGUUUGGGUUUGGGUUUGGGUUUGGGUUUGGGUUUGGGUUUGGGUUUGGGUUUGGGUUUGGGUUUGGGUUUGGGUUUGGGUUUGGGUUUGGGUUUGGGUUUGGGUUUGGGUUUGGGUUUGGGUUUGGGUUUGGGUUUGGGUUUGGGUUUGGGUUUGGGUUUGGGUUUGGGUUUGGGUUUGGGUUUGGGUUUGGGUUUGGGUUUGGGUUUGGGUUUGGGUUUGGGUUUGGGUUUGGGUUUGGGUUUGGGUUUGGGUUUGGGUUUGGGUUUGGGUUUGGGUUUGGGUUUGGGUUUGGGUUUGGGUUUGGGUUUGGGUUUGGGUUUGGGUUUGGGUUUGGGUUUGGGUUUGGGUUUGGGUUUGGGUUUGGGUUUGGGUUUGGGUUUGGGUUUGGGUUUGGGUUUGGGUUUGGGUUUGGGUUUGGGUUUGGGUUUGGGUUUGGGUUUGGGUUUGGGUUUGGGUUUGGGUUUGGGUUUGGGUUUGGGUUUGGGUUUGGGUUUGGGUUUGGGUUUGGGUUUGGGUUUGGGUUUGGGUUUGGGUUUGGGUUUGGGUUUGGGUUUGGGUUUGGGUUUGGGUUUGGGUUUGGGUUUGGGUUUGGGUUUGGGUUUGGGUUUGGGUUUGGGUUUGGGUUUGGGUUUGGGUUUGGGUUUGGGUUUGGGUUUGGGUUUGGGUUUGGGUUUGGGUUUGGGUUUGGGUUUGGGUUUGGGUUUGGGUUUGGGUUUGGGUUUGGGUUUGGGUUUGGGUUUGGGUUUGGGUUUGGGUUUGGGUUUGGGUUUGGGUUUGGGUUUGGGUUUGGGUUUGGGUUUGGGUUUGGGUUUGGGUUUGGGUUUGGGUUUGGGUUUGGGUUUGGGUUUGGGUUUGGGUUUGGGUUUGGGUUUGGGUUUGGGUUUGGGUUUGGGUUUGGGUUUGGGUUUGGGUUUGGGUUUGGGUUUGGGUUUGGGUUUGGGUUUGGGUUUGGGUUUGGGUUUGGGUUUGGGUUUGGGUUUGGGUUUGGGUUUGGGUUUGGGUUUGGGUUUGGGUUUGGGUUUGGGUUUGGGUUUGGGUUUGGGUUUGGGUUUGGGUUUGGGUUUGGGUUUGGGUUUGGGUUUGGGUUUGGGUUUGGGUUUGGGUUUGGGUUUGGGUUUGGGUUUGGGUUUGGGUUUGGGUUUGGGUUUGGGUUUGGGUUUGGGUUUGGGUUUGGGUUUGGGUUUGGGUUUGGGUUUGGGUUUGGGUUUGGGUUUGGGUUUGGGUUUGGGUUUGGGUUUGGGUUUGGGUUUGGGUUUGGGUUUGGGUUUGGGUUUGGGUUUGGGUUUGGGUUUGGGUUUGGGUUUUGGGUUUGGGUUUGGGUUUGGGUUUGGGUUUGGGUUUGGGUUUGGGUUUGGGUUUGGGUUUGGGUUUGGGUUUGGGUUUGGGUUUGGGUUUGGGUUUGGGUUUGGGUUUGGGUUUGGGUUUGGGUUUGGGUUUGGGUUUGGGUUUGGAGCAAUACGUAACUGA